GAGAUUGAAGAGAUACCUGGAGGAUGAGGCCGAGGUGUCAGGGAGUGAUGUGGGAAGUGAAGACGAGUAUGAUGGGGAAGAGAUUGAUGAAUAUGAAGAGGACGUAAUUGAUGAAGUACUUCCUUCUGAUGAGGAACUACAGAGUCAAAUCAAGAAAAUACACAUGAAAACAAUGUUGGAUGAUGAUAAGCGACAGCUCCGUUUAUACCAAGAGAGGUACCUUGCUGAUGGGGAUCUGCACAGUGAUGGUCCUGGACGAACGAGGAAAUUUCGAUGGAAAAACAUAG